GUUACAUGAUGAGCGAACGGGGGAUCGAACCUAACCCAGAAAAGGUGAAGGACAUCAUGGACAUGGAGGCUCCCAAAAACUUGAAGGAUGUGCAGAGGCUUACUGGGCGUUUGGCGGCACUAAGCCGAUUUAUGUCAAAAUUAGCUGAUCGAGCAAUCCCCUUUUUCCAGAUCAUGAAGAAGGCCAGUCCAUUUGAAUGGACCCUGGAGUGUCAGACAGCCUUUGAAGAUUUCAAGACAUACCUCUCCUCGCCGCUUGUCCUUACCAAGGCGGAUCCCGGGGAGCAACUGUACAUGUAUCUGGCAGUAGCCGAUCUGGCGGUAAGCUCCGUCCUGUUGAAGGAGGUUGAUGGCGUUCAGCGGCCUAUAUACUUCGUUAGCAAGGUGCGGAACGGCCCGGAGACAAGGUACACACUGAUGGAAAAGAUGAUCCUGGCCCUGAUCGCAACAAUAAAGCGCUUGGCGCCGUACUUCGAGGCACACCCGGUGACGGUGUUCACCACUCAGCCAUUGGCCACUAUCCUCAGGAACCCAAUGGCGAGUGGGAGGAUUACGAAAUGGUCCUUGAUGAUCGGGCAGUACAACGUGGAAUUCAAGCCAAGGCCAACGAUCAAGGGGUAGGCGCUAGCAGAUUUCAUUGCCGAAUGCACGGCACGUACGGAGGAUGGGGAAUAUGGCGGCAACGACCUUGACAACUGGUGGGGAAUGUACACCGAUGGGGCAGCAAGCGCAAAGGGAUGCGGUCAUCACCUCCCCCGAGGGCUUCAAGGCUUAUUACUCCAUGGAUUUUAAGUUCAAAGCCACCAAUAACGAGGCUGAGUACGAGGCGCUAAUCGCAGGAUUGAAAUACAAGAGGGCCCUCGGUGCAGCUCGUCUGAAGGUGCGGAUGGAUAGCCAGUUGGUUGUUACACAGAUGAACGGCACCGCUGAAACUCGGGAGGAGCGGAUGAAAGCUUACAGGGAGCUGGCAGAGGAGCAGACUGUGCAGUUUGAACAAGUGAUCAUAGACCUGGUACCUCGGGUAGAGAACGCCGAAGCUGAUAUCCUAUCCAAGCUAGGCAACCCCCUAUCCGAGGAUUAGACGCCGGCCGUCUCGAAACACAUCCGGAGUUUCGCUAGAAAGGAAACGCUACUCCGACCGGCGACAGAGACGAUCUAGGUAAAUGCUGUUUCUUAUGCAGAUCCCAGCUGGGUGAAGGAGGUGCCCGAUUAUCUCAGGGAUGGACCCCCCCCCCUCGAGAAAGAUGGACGCACCUCCGGAAGGGCCCCGUGGAUAAAAAGACGAGCGGCGCGUUUUGAAAUCAUCGGGGGUGAACUAUACAAAAAGACGUUCGGCGGACCAUACCUCAGAUGCUUACCACCGGACUUAGCGGCAUCAGUCAUGGAGGAAAUCCACGAGGGCAUCUGUUCCAGUCAUCAGGGCCCCCGAACGCUGGCGAGAAAGAUCAUCCUACAGGGGUACUACUGGCCAACCAUCCAGCGAGACUGCUUCAACCACACUCAGAGGUGUGCAGUAUGCCAGCAGUAUGCACCUAUACCGGGAAGGCUGGCCAGCUUCUACACCCCGAUGACCGUCGCCCUACCAUUUACGAGAUCGGGGAUAGAUCUGCUGAGGCCCCUUCCCAGGACGACCGGCGACAAGAAGUUCAUAAUAGUAGCCAUUGACUAUUUCACCAAAUGGGUGGAGGCCGAGCCAUUGAAGAACAUCACUGGGUUCCGAUGUCAACGCUUCGUAUGGCAGAAUGUAUUAUGCCGGUUCAGCAUCCCAGAACAGAUCAUUACGGACAACGGCCGACAGUUCGUUGGUAAGGGUUUAGAGGCAUAUCUAGCCAAAUGGGGCAUCCGGCAUUCCAGGGCCUCGGUCGCGUACCCGCAGGCAAACGGCCAGGUGGAAAAUAUGAACCGAACCAUCAUGGAUGGCAUAAAGAAAAAAUUGGAAGAUUACUCCUCAACCUGGCCGGAGCAGCUGAAUUAUGUCAUGUGGACGUACAGGACAACUCCAAGGACGGCGACCAGGGAAACACCGUUCGCACUGGCAUACGGAUUUCAGGCCAAGGUCCCCACCGAGGUACUCGUGCCCACACACCGGACAUUGCAAUUUGACCCAGGACAGAACGAAGAAAAUCUAAGGGCAGAGUUGCACUUUAUUGAGGAGAGAAGGGAUCUAGCCGCAAGGCGCAUGGAAGAAUAUCACCGGGCGACUGAAAGGUAUUUCAAUAAGGCGGUGAAAAUCAGAGAAAUCGAAGUCGGAGAUUUGGUACUACGGAAGCAGGAGAAGAGUAAGCCACUCGAGGGUGGCAAGAUGGCCAAAAACUGGGAGGGGCCGUACAAGGUAUACGAGAAGAGAUUGGCGGCGGGGACGUUCCUCCUACAAACUAUGGAGGGACGUUCCGCUGGCAUAUGGAAUGUGGAGCACCUGAAGAAAUUCUACCAGUAGGACCCCCCCCCAAAGGGGGGAGACAAAAAGGAAGUUUCAGUUCAUACAAUGUAACAGCGGGAAUUAAUGAAAACAAGCAGGCUUGGACAUUAGCCCAAAAAGUCUCGUGGUUUUUCCCUUUCCGGGUUUCCACGAUAAAAUCAUGGUGUACAUCAUCGUCAUAGGAACACUACGAGCCUCCCAGAGGAGAUUAACAUUCCCCGCCGAGCGGUACCAACCAUCCAAACGGUACAACCACCGCACCAAAGACCUCUCAAAAAAAACAAGAGAGGCACCAGGGAAUCCCCAAAGGGGAUAAACCCGAUCCGCAUCACAAUCGCGGACGAGCCCAGCUCAGGAUCCAAAGGACUGGGAUAAAUGGGCAGGUAAGACGAACGGAUGACGGGACGAAGACCGGGGAAUCCCCAAAGGGGAUAAACCCGUCCCGCGUCACAAUCGCGGCCGAGCCCAUCUCAGGAUCCAAAGGACCGGGCCAAAUGGGCAGGUAAGACGAGCGGACGACGGAACGAAGUCAAAGACCUCUCAAAAAAACAAGAGAGGCACCGGGGAAUCCCCAAAGGGGAUAAACCCGUUCCGCAUCACUAUCGCGGCCGAGCCCAGCUCAGUAUCCAAAGGACCGGGCCAAAUGGGCAGGUUAGAUGAACGGAUGACGGGACGAAGACCGGAGAAUCCCCAAAGGGGAUAAACCCGUUCCACGUCACAAUCGCGGCCGAGCCCAACUCAGGAUCCAAAGGACCGGGCCAAAUGGAUAGGUAAGACGAGCGGACGACGGAACGAAGUCAAAGACCUCUAAAAAAAAAAGAGGCACCGGGGAAUCCCCAAAGGGGAUAAACCCGUUCCGCAUCACAAUCGCGGUCGAGCCCAGCUCAGGAUCCAAAGGACCGGGCCAAAUGGGCAGGUAAGACGAACGGAUGACGAGAUGAAGACCGGGGAAUCCCCAAAGGGGAUAAACCCGUCCCGCGUCACAAUCGCGGCUGAGCCCAGCUCAGGAUCCAAAAGACUGGGCCAAAUGGGCAGGUAAGACGAGCGGACGACAGAACGAAAUCGAAGACCUCUAAAAAAAACGAGAUAGAAAAGAGGGAGGCACUAGGGACGAAGUUAAAAGGCGAUCAUAGCAAGCAAGCAAUACACAUUAUUCAUCGGCUCUACCGGCCGGAAAGUACACAAACAUACACGAGUUUGGAGUGAAAUCAAGAGUACAAAAUAACUGAAGUUGUCACGCCUCGGGGAGCUAUCCUUGAAUAUAGAUAUGCCUGUAAGAGCUUUCUAUGAACGCAAAGGCAUGAGGGGUGAAGUAAGCCAUCUUAACAACAUUAGCCUCUUUAGGAAGAGCGGCCUGCUAGCCAGGAGGUGCGGCCGACAAGCAAAAUUUGACAAACUCACUCAGCUACAAGAGGGGUUGUCCUUCGCCGGAGACUUCUCCUUCAAAGCCUCCUCAUAAGCCUCAGCAAACGAAACAUUGAAACCAGCAGCCUCAGGAUCGAACGGAGUGGGGAGAUAACGCUCGAGAGCUGGGAGGUUUUCGGCUAAAAGGCCGAUCAUCCCUUUAGCAAAAGCAUCAUCGGCAAGCUCUGCAAGGAACUCCUGGCCGGCGGAGGUCCCCGAUACCAGCUCAAUGCUGUCCUUCAGCAUAUCAGAACUCUUAGCCAGGAACUCCCCGAAGCUCUAGGCAAGACGCUCCUUAACACGGACGUUCACGGCAUCGACGUAGGCUCUGGACUUCUGGAACUCAAUGGAGCCAGCUUCCUUGAUUUUGGAAACAUCAGCCUCAAAAACAGGGACGGCCCCCUCCACACCAACCUGGCGAAGCUGCACGUCGGAUUUCUCCACGGCGGCCAUUUUGGCACGAAGCAGCUGUAGCUCCUCGGCUUGUUUCUUGACCGUCUCCUGAAGAGACGCACUCCCCUUAGCAAGCCCAAGAGCAACGUUCUAGUCUUGCUGCAUCUUGUUCAGACGCUCUUUGACCUUCUUCACCAGAUCAUCGGCUUCACAAUGCACCUGGGCGGAAGCACGCUCCUGAGCUUCAUAGGCAAAUCGCGCCUUGCAGAAACAAAUAGCAGCCUUGUUGAGAGUGCUAAGGCCGCACUCGUGAAGAUCCACCGCGCUCUCACAAGCGGCAAAGUCACGAGGGAGUUUUAACCCCAAAGAGCACCAAAUGGAAGAGGCCGUCUGACCAAACAGUCUUUUCGACUCUGCACGGGGACUUAACCCGGAGAACUCAAUGAUGUCAGAAAAGGAAUCCUCAGAACCGGGCGGAAGAGGGUCGCUCAAGCUUUUGGCCAACGAAGUAAUGGGGGGCUGCCUAGGAGGAGAGGCGGCCUCAUUAUCUGACCCAUCAAGGAUCACCACGGCCUUGGAGGAUCCUAACCCUUGGCGGGACUUGUUGGGGGGCUGUUCGUCCCCGACGGGUUCAGCUUUGGGCCUCUUUUGGCCCUGAUCCUCACCAACGAUCUGCUUUCCUUUGCUAGCAUUGGCCCGGCCGGAGGAGGGAGUGGCACGGGUGUGAGGAACCAUGGAGAAAGACCUGGGGUAAAGUCCUGCGCAAGGGAGAUGUAAAAAGUUAAAACAAUGUCCGGGAUUCACAAAAAGAGAGUCCAAAACCCGGGCCACAGCGAGGACGUACCUAUGCCGACCUUGCCCAAGUUGGUAUCAUUCACCAGCAAACGCAGGUUCUGGACCGCCUCACCGGCAAUACGUGCAGCCUGUUCUAGCUCGGCCGAAUGGAGAAUCGGAGGCUCAAACUUAACAGGGAAAGCAUUCCACCGGCCGGAGAAGGGGGGGGGGUGGAAUCAACCCCGGCAAGGAAGAAUCUCUCCUCCCAGCUGUUCAGAUUGGGGGGGUUGUUGGAAAAGAGAACCCUCCACGAACGGGCCACUAUGGGGAGAGCCGGAAGAAAUGCAAAAACAAUUUCACGGAUGGCUCAACCCUCACAUUGUGGCACCGGAAUAUGAAACCAGCGAGAAUCCGAUGGGAAUUAAGAACGAGUUGAGUUGGGGCAAUACCAAGACCCCUGAAAAGAGAAAUGUGAAAAGGCAACAGCGGGAAAAGAAAGCCCACUGCCACAGAGUCCAGAUGGACGACCACAUAGCCAGGUAAAUGCCGCAUAGGAUGGCAGAGGAACCGUGUGUCCCAACCCCGUGGAGGGGGAAGCAACUGGGGAAUCAGAUUCUUCUCGCUAAGGAGCUGACGUUGGCGCUAACGCCGAACGAGAUGAAAGUUAAGGGAGAAAUGAGGAGGCUGGUGUAAGGAAUAUUUGUAAUUAGAUUUUGAUGAUGCUAUAUUAAUUAGGACUUUAGAGUACCCCUCUUUAGACUUAAUGUAUUAUAAUUUUCCUUGUAAAGUUCUUUAGUAUAAUCGACUGGCAGAGGGCCUCCAGAGCAGAAGGCCUCCAGAACAGAAGACCCCCUGACAGAGGACCCUUGAUAAGGCUUUGGUUGAACAGAAGACCUUUGGUUCUCUGCUUCAGAACAGAAGACCUCAGGGUCUCUGUUAGCCUUUACUCUGACAGAAACCCUCCUGGUUCUCUGUUGGAUAUUUCUUCAACAGAAGUGCUCAAGACCUUCCCUGAUCAACUCUCUGCUAAAGACACCAGAAGGCCUGACACUUAGAAGAAUUUCACCUAACCGGUAAACCAACUGAAAGAUUCCUUCAACGGCUAGGAGUCUUGAACGGAAAAGCUACAAUACGCGCAUUAAAUGCACAUUUAAUGCCUCCCGUACUCUGUAGAGUAAUUGCAGAUGAUUGGCCGCAAUGUCAGGAUAACUUUAUCCCAAAAUAGUAACCCGCCAACUUUGCCGGGUCCUACCGGUCAAGUCAACUGCUCGCUCAUUUAAUGCAGUUGUCCUCCUUCUCCUCCAACGGGAAUACAACCUCAGUAUAAAAGAUACACUACGAAGAACAACCGGACAACUUUGCAACCUCAGUGCGCAUACAAAAUAUUCAAACGCUAAUAACGCUAAAAAGCCUCCUUGAGAUUAAAUCUUCAUUAUCUUCAACAAGAGAAGGAAGAAGUUGGAAAGUUCCUUAUUUCAAACUCAAGCAAAGUUCUGAGCGUUCUUCAACUCUUCAAGCUCUUCAUAUACAAACUUUUUGUAACGAAGCAAGUUGGAGGAACCCCUGUUCUCAACAGAACCUCUUCUUUCACAAGAAGGACGUCCAAGUACCUGGAGCAGUGAAGUGGUGAUACUUCCGGGAAAGCUCAGUGAAAGGACCAGUCUUAGGGAAGCCAGAAGUGCAUCCAAGAAGACAUCUACACUUGAAGAAGACGUGGAGAGCUUCUUAAGUGAUAGGGCUAAGGCGUUGUAAACGGUCGUUUUUACAAGCUUAGUGGAACAGUGGACUAGAGGAACAAGUUGUUCAUUGAACCACUAUAAAAAGCCCUGGUGUCAUUUACUUACUGCAUUAUUUAUCGCUUUUAUUUGAACUGCUUAACUCCAAAGACUUGGUAUCUGUGUUCAGCAGAACUUGCCUUGUGAGUUAAAAGAAGGCCUACUGCCUUUGCUUCUCUGAGGCUAAACAAACAGAACCCCCUACCAGAACUCCAUCCGCUGCAAGUCUGUUCUGCCAACAGAACAUGUUAUUCUGUUAAAUCUGGUACUUAGCUUGAAAAAGUUAAAAACCAAUACAGUCUAUUCACCCCCCUCUAGGCUGUAUCAAGUACAACCGGGACCAACAAGUGGUAUCAGAGCCUCCUUGUUCUAAUAAUCUCUUAGGUUAUUUGCAGAACAAAGAUCCACUUGUUUUUUCUGUUUUACCUCAUUUUUUAUAUGAUAUAAUGGAUCACUCCCUUUCCAAGAAUCUUAUGUUCUCAGAUCUCAAGUUUGAUGAGCGGAGGAUCCGAAUGAAGGCACAUCUCUGUGCUCUGCAUGAUGAGAUGUGGGAAGUACUUGACAUUGGGCCCUUCACAAGCUUCCAGAAGGUCAACCCUGAGCAUGCUAUUGAUAACACCAGACCUCAGAUGAUCAAUAAGGCCAAAUCUGAGUGGACUACUGAAGAAAGAAGGAAGUACAAUCUGGACAACAUUGCUAAAGACAUUCUUUACAAGUCCAUCGAUGAUAGGUACUUCAACAGGAUAAAGAAGUGCAAGACUGCAAAGGAAAUCUGGGAUAAUCUUGAGCUCAUUGGAGCUGGUAAUGAGAAAGAGAAGGACAACAAGCUGACAAUAGCUAACAAGAAGUUUGAUGACUUCAAGCUCCUUCCUGGUGAAAGCAUCUCCAAGAUGUAUGAAAGGCUCCUCACUCUCACCGGAGAGAUCUCUGAGCUAGGCAAGGAACUCACCACCAAGGAGAUCAACCUCAAAGUGUUGAGAGGACUGCCCUCAGCAUGGAAGAUGAAGGUGGUUGUUGUCCAAGCCAGCAAGGAUGUGAAGACUUAUCCCACUGAUAAGCUCAUUUCAGAUCUCAAAGCUCAUGAGUUUGAAAUGAUUGAAGAAAAAGAAGAUGUACCAGAAUAGAGGACCACUACAGCCCUCACUGCCAACACAUCAAAGGUAAAUAAUUUUGACCCCUCAGUACUUUUAUCUGACGAAUAUAUGGCUGCUUUUGCUAGGAGAUUCAAGAAGUUUAUGAAGAAUCCCAAAGAUGGAAGAAGUCCAUCAUUCAGCAGAAAGCCAUUCCAGAAGGUCAAAACAACAGAGAGCAGUGGUGAGCUUCUCUGUUACAACUGCAGACAACUUGGACACUUCAAAGCAGAGUGUCCACAUCCAAGAGUGUCCAAGAAACAAGGGCAUGAUGGAGAAAAGAAGAAGUAUGAAGACAAUUCCAGAAGAAGGAAAGCACUCGUGACAGAACAGCUCGAGAAAGACCCUCUGUCUGAGACAGAAUCCAGUUCUGACUCUGACUUCUAUAAGGCCUUGUGUUGCCUUGAUACUGAGACAGAAGACCUAUGCCUCAUGGCUCAUUCUGAUGAUGAGGUAACCUCUACUUCUGCAUCUGGUUUUUCUUCGGUAGGCUUAGCUUUUGAUUCUGAUUCAAUGUCAGAAUUUUGGGAAGAGUUUAAGGCCAUCCAAGCCACUUAUUCCUCUGUCACAGAAGAAAACAGUAAGCUGAAGGCUGAAAUUCUUGACUUAAGAAAGGAGGUUGAGAUCAAAAUCAAUCUUCUAAUUAAGGAGAGAGAUCAGCUGGAAACUGAAAAUGUUUCCCUUCUCAAGAGAAUAAGAGAAAUUGAGCCUCUUGAGAUCAAGUACAAAGCUUACCAGAAGGCCCAGUCUUCCAUGGAAAAGAUUUUACUUGAUCAACAAAUUGGCACUGGCUUUGGUCUUGGUUAUGGCUCAACAGAAUCAGGUGAGCCUUCUGUAAUGCCUAGCACCAGUGUUGCUAAGGUAGAUAAGGUCAUAGUGCCACUGAUCUCUAGCCCCAUCUGCCAAGCUGGUGUAUCUGGCACCAAGGUUGUUCAUGAGGAAGUCAGACCAGAAAAAGGGAAGAUAAAGGUUCAACAGAAACCCUUUUUGAAAAAUAAUGAACCUGACAGAAAACCUAACAACAGAAAGGGUUUUCAGAAUAACAAAAAUAAAAGACCAUUCAUUGACAGACAACCUCAUGAUAACCAUGUCAGAAAUGACCACCAGAAGGGUAGAUAUCAAGAGAGAGUUAACUUUAGGCAGAAGAGGUUGACUGGUCAACUUCAGAAGCCCAGAGCUAACCGUUCCUCUGCUCUUGAUAGUAUAUGGGACUUCUUUCCAACAAAGAAAGAUAUGCAAAAGUAUGUAAACAGGAAGCAUGACCCUCACAAGCAUGUGCCCAAAGUGAAUCACACUUCGGUUUACUAUAACUACCAGGUGGACAAUGGGUACCAUCCACCAAGGUUUCACCUGAUGAGACCAAAAUGGUACCAACUACCCAGACUCCAUGACCCCCCAGGACCCAACAUUGCUUGGGUACCUAAAUCUUUCUUUUGAUCUUGCAGGAACUGUGUGCUGGAGCUAUCUCAGAGCAAGAAUGGUUUAUUGAUAGUGGAUGUUUCAGGCACAUGACAGGUAACAAAAGUUGCCUAACUGAGUUCCAGAAAUGCAAAGGACCUAAAGUUACCUUUGGAGGUAAUGACAAAGAAGGUCAAACAAAAGGAAGAGGGAAGCUGAUCAAGAACCAGAUAGUCAUUGAUGAUGUCUCAUAUGUCAAAGGCCUGAAGUUCAACUUGCUGAGUGCUAGCCAAUUCUGUGACAAAGGCUACACUGUUGAAUUCACUAAGGAUUUAUGCUAUGUGAAGCAUGAGACAACAAAAGAAGUGGUUCUUACAGCAUCAAGGAAGAAGAACAUCUAUGUGGUUGAUUGGAACACUGCAAAGGAUGGAGUUUGCCUGAUAGCCAAGGGAGAUUCAAAACUAAGCUGGGACUGGCACAAGAAGCUUAGCCAUUUGAACUUCAAAACAAUCAACAAACAUGCAAAAGAACACAUUGUUGAAGGACUACCAGACAUAGUUUGCAAGAAAGAGACCCUCUGCAGUGCAUGCCAUAAGGGAAAACAACAGAAGAACUCUUUCAAACCCAUUGCUGGAGAUCUUUCUACAAGUCCUUUAAAUCUGAUCCACGUGGAUUUAUUUGGACCUGUUGAGACUCCAAAUGUUGGUGGGAAGAAAUAUACCCUAGUCAUGGUUGAUGACUAUUCCAGAUAUACAUGGACUAUCUUUCUGUCAAAGAAGAAUGAAACUCUUCAGAAGUUGCCAUCUCUGUUAAAGCAACUUCAGACUGAGAAGAACUUGAAGGUUAAGACAAUCAAGUGUGACAGAGGAACUGAAUUUGUCAACCAAGUCAUAAAGGACUUCUGUGAUCAAAAUGGAACCUUUCAUCAACUCUCUGCCGCCAGAAUUCCUCAACAGAAUGGCAUAGCAGAAAGGAGGAACAGAACAUUAAAAGAAGCUGCAAGAACAAUGAUUGCAGAAUCUGGACUACCUAUGAGAUACUGGGCUGAAGAAAUCAACACUGCAUGCUAUACCCAGAACAGAAGCAUGAUCAACAAGAAUCACCAGAAGACCCCGUAUGAACUCUGGAAAGGAAGAAAACCCAACAUCAGUUACUUUCAUGUAUUUGGAUGCAAAUGGUACAUCCUUAACAAUGGAAAGGAGCAUCUGAAAGUCUUUCAAGAGAAAUCUGAUGAAGGUAUCUUUAUAGGCUAUUCAAACACCAGUAAAGCCUAUAGAGUACUCAACAGAAGGACUCUACAUGUUGAAGAGUCUAUACAUGUGAAGUUUGAUGAUAGCACCUCUGUUAAAGAAGUCACAGAGACCCUCAAAGAAGUCAACAUAGAAGACAGAACACCUGAACCAUCAGAAGAGGUAGCAGAUAACCCUGCAUUUCCAACACCUGCACCAAACCCCCUUCUGUUGAAUGAAGAUGAAGACUCAGAAGAUGAAGAACCUGAGAGACCCACACAGCAACUGACAGAACCUGAUCUGACAUGGUUAAGAGACCAUCCCCCUAACCAAGUAAUUGGACAUAUCAGAAGUGGUGUGCAAACCAGAUCAGCAUCAACAAGGAGAGAAGCAAUGCUUCCCUGCUAUAUAUCUCAGAUGGAACCCAUGACUGUAGAAGAAGCUCUUGCAGAUCCAGACUGAAUCAAUGCAAUGCAAGAAGAGCUUACUCAAUUUGAAAGGAACAAAGUAUGGGAACUUGUUCCUAGGCCAAAGCACCAGAAUGUCAUUGGAACAAAAUGGGUAUUCAAGAACAAAGCUGAUGAAGAUGGCAACAUUGUAAGGAACAAAGCAAGGCUGGUAGCUAAGGGUUAUUGCCAAGAAGAAGGAAUAUAUGUUGAUGAGACUUUUGCACCAGUUGCCAGACUGGAAGCCAUCAGAAUAUUUCUAGCCUAUGCUGCCUACAACAACAUCAAGGUCUACCAGAUGGAUGUCAAGAGUGCAUUCCUGAAUGGAGAUCUUGAAGAAGAGGUUUAUGUGGAACAACCACCAGGUUUUUUCAUUCCUACUCACUCCUCCUGUGUCUACAAGCUUAAAAAGGCCCUCUAUGGUCUUAAUCAAGCUCCCAGAGCAUGGUAUGACACACUGUCCCUAUUCCUAGUGAACCAUGGGUUUACUAAGGGAAAGAUUGACAAAACUCUAUUUCAAAUCUCUGUUGCUAAUCAUAUUCUGUUAGUAAAAAUAUAUGUUGAUGAUAUUAUAUUUGGUAGUACUAAUUCAGAACUAUGCAAGAAAUUCUCUCAAGUGAUGCAGAGUCAAUUUGAAAUGAGUAUGAUGGGAGAACUCAGCUACUUCCUAGGACUACAAGUCAAACAAGUUCCAGAAGGAAUCUUUAUCAAUCAAGGGAAGUAUACCAGAGACCUGAUCAAGAAGUUUGGAGUGGAAGGCAAAUCCUCAGUGAAGAUUCCCAUGAACACCUCACAAGGAAUUGGUCCGGAUGAUGAAGGAAAGGAUGUCGAUGCAACUACCUACAGAGGAAUCAUAGGAUCUCUGCUGUAUCUGACUGCAAGCAGACCAGAUAUCUCAUUCUCUGUUGGAAUCUGUGCCAGAUACCAAUCAAAGCCCAAGGAGAGCCAUCUUAGUGCUGCAAAGAGAAUCAUCAGAUAUAUCAAAGGAAAUCCAAAUGCAGGCCUAUGGUAUCCAAAGGGAGGUAACUUUGAACUAAUUGGUUACUCUGACUCAGAUUUUGCAGGUUGCAGAUUAGACAGGAAGAGCACCUCUGGUCACUGCCAAAUGCUAGGAGGAAGGCUUGUUUCCUGGUUUAGCAAGAAGCAGAAUUCAAUCUCAACAAGUACAGCAGAAGCUGAAUACAUUGCAGCUGUGAGUUGCUGUGCUCAGUUACUCUGGAUGAAGCAACAUCUGAAGGAUAAUGGCAUUCAAGCAAAGGAGAUCAAAUUGCUUUGUGACAACAUCAGUGCCAUUGCCAUCACUCAGAAUCCAGUUGUUCACUUCAGGACAAAGCACAUUGAGAUCAGACAUCACUUCAUCAGAGAUCAUGUUGAAAAGAAGCACAUAUGCAUGGAGCAUGUGCCCACAGAAGACCAGCUUGCAGACAUUCUGACAAAGCCUCUGCCUGAGGUUAAAUUCAACAAACUGAGAGAGGAAUUGGGAAUGAUGGAUGAAAUUCCAAGAGAAAGUUGAAAAGGAAGGCCCUCUGUUGCAAAAUCUCUGCUAACAGAAUACCUGUUGCAGAACCCCUUCUGUUAACCCCUUCUGUUCUCUAUCCUGAACAGAGAACCUCCGUUCCUGACAGAACACCUCAGCAACAGAAACCCCCCCUUUCUUAUCCUCUGAAAACCUUACAUGUAACAGAAGGUUGUGGACUUAGAAUAUUUUGAAAAACCGGGUGACCUAGUAACUUAUUAACGGUCUUUUACUCUUUUACCCUUAAAACGGUAUUUCAGCCGCAAAAUAUUUACUGCGCCCCCAUCUUCAUUUAUUGGUAUCUCGAAACCGUAAAUAAUCUCAAGCGUCCACUAACCCGAACCUAUAUAUUCCCGUCUCUCAAACCUUAACUGUUACUGCUCUCAAUAUCCUCAAACUCUCAAACCUCCAUAGCUCUCAAGCUUUCAAAACUCUUUUCUUCUGCUCUAAUGGCUCCCAUCAGCUUCAACACUCUCCCAAAGGAUCAACAGGAAACCCUAACAAAAAAUGUUCUCACAGGGAUGAAAUGCGAGCUAUUCGCACUCCCUAGACUGGUUGAAGAUGAGUCACUGAUGGAGCGUAUAGUGGAAUGCAUCAACGACUCCCAACUGGCAAAGGUCAUCACCUACAACUACACUCAGUACAGUUGUAUUGAAGUGGUUGAGUUCUAUCUCAACGCUGAUUUUGAGGACCAGGUCAUCACCUCUACUGUAAAUGGAGAGCAAGUCAUCGUUGAUGCUGGGGCCAUCAAUAGUCUCUUCCAGAUUGUGGCUGUCAAUGAAUCCAGCGGUUUCUUUGACCUAGAAGAUGCUGACCUCACUGCUGAGGAAUUUGCCAUGAACUAUGGCAAACCUGGGGCCAACCUUCCAAACCUGACAGGGAAGAAACACUAUCUGAAAAGAGACAUUGAGCUCCUAGUGAAUAUCCUUCACAGAUGUGUAUGGUGCAUAUACACAUCCACUGAUGAGUUCACCAUCUCUCAAGCCAAGGCAGUCUAUGCUGUGAUGCACAAGGCAAACAUCAAUUGGGGCCAAGUGAUUGUCAGGUCCAUGAUAGUGUUUGUCAACGUGGCAAAGAGAAAGAGCAAGGACACAGGGAUCUACUCUGGGAAGGUAGGUCAUGCUCUCCUCAUCUCUGAGCUCCUAGUGCGGGGAACUGGGCUCAGGAAACCAAUUCUGGUAGAUCACUCCAAGGUGAUCUUUUUGUCAUCUACCAGCAACAGAGAAGCAGCUAUAAGAGCUGAAAUCAAGAGGUUAGCCAAGCUAGACCUUAACAGACAGAAGCUCCAACAGAGACCCUCCCAACAGAAUACCUCCAGCAGCUCUGAGGAAGAACCUCUGGUGAGAAAAGCUGUGAAGAAAGCAGUUACCAAGAAAGCUGCACCAGAGAACGUCAAGAAGGUAUUGACCAGGAAACCAAAUCCCAAGAGGAAGAAAUCCUCUUCAGAAUCCAGAUCUUCUACCCCUUCUGCACCCCCAGUUUCUAAGAAACAGAAGAUCAGAACUCCUAUCCCCAAGGUUGCCUCAGAAACUCAGGGGGAACAACCAACAGAACAUGCUCUACCCCUUCAAGCCAAGAGCUCUCUAUGGCAAGGGAAGAAAAUCACCUUCGAGUCUAGUGACUCCAAGAGUGAGUCAGUGGAGAAGGCUGCCACAUCUCAAGGGAAUCUGAGACUUCUGUCAAGUCUGCACGCAUGACAGAAGACCAUGCAGCUGCUCACUCUCCAGAACACCUAACACCUCUCAUCCCAGAACCUUAGACAGACUACAGAACAGCUCUUGACAAGCAGUUUGAGCGUGUGUUAGCUUGGAGAAGCUGGAGGAUGGGGCCUCUACAGAAGAUUAUCCAAUAUUUCGACCAUUAUGAAUCUGAGGAGGCAGAAGUACUUAACUGGGUAGGCACAGAUGAUGUUUCUAAGUGCUUUGCCAUGAAUUUUCUCAUCUCUGUGCUUGAGAAGAAGAAGGCCAACUACAAGGGCAAGGCAGUCCUGAUCUCUACUCCUUCUGAUGAGCCAGUGAAACCCCUUGCAGAUGAAGAGGUUGAUGCGUUCGAAGCCUGGCUGUUUGCCAAGAAGGCAAGGGAAUCUGUUGUGCCCUAUUCUACUCCUGGGGAACCUUCUGUACCAAUGACUGAAGGUCAAGCAAUGAUGGAACUCAUUUCAGAAUGGAGAUCGUCUCUGAUAGAAGACCAAGUACUUGAGGUAAUAUCUCCAUCUGCCUUUGUACUUAUUCCAACAGAACCCCUGAUUCCCUUAUAUCCCUCUGUGCAUACACUCCCAACCCCCCAACAGAACACCUCCUCACAUCAUCAGAAACCUUCUUCUGAACAGAAAACCCCCACAUCCCAAAAACCCUCAACCCCCAAAUCUACACCUCCUUCACCCUGCAAACCGUUAUCUCCCCCAAAGAACAGAUCCCCUUCCCCUCCCCCAUCUCCUCAAAGACAAGUUAUUCAAACCAAACCCCAACAGAUAAUCUCCUCAUCACAACCAUCUCAACAGAAAUCCCCUUCACCUCCCAAGUCUGAACAUCAAGUCACUCCCCAAGCUUCUCUUCCACCACACCAACCCCAACUCAGCUAAAACCCGUCUGGUUCCUAAGAGACUCUGAUCCUACAACCAUCUCCCCCAUCUCUGCACCACAAGGAUACUCUAGGCAUUCUACUGCCCCCAAUCCCUCCUUUUGGAAAAAGAAAAAGGUAAUCAGGAACAGAAUCUCAAUCUACUCCUCCUACGAAGACUCCUCUGACAUGGAUGGCUUCAUUGUCAGCAAGUCCUAUAAAGCUACCUCAAAGAGACAGAAGACCCCCCCUCUGACUCAACUCGAGCAUGAACUACUUGUCCAAUCCCUCUCCUCUGUCCAAGAGCAUCACCCUUUGCCUAAGGGAAGAGGUUUAGAGCUGCCUCACUCUGCUGGACAAGAGAAUCAGAUACCCUUCAAUGACUUUGUAGCAGCAGCAGAGGACUUUGGAGGUCAGAUGUUAGAAGGCAUGAACAAACUCAUUAUGAUCAAUGAUAAACAUUAUGAGGGUCUGCAACAUGUGGAUGACAAUGUCAAAUUCGGCUUCAAACACAUGUCUGCUACUUUGACAAAUGUUCUUAAGGACUUCAUGUCUUCAUCUAAUGUCAAAAUUGAUGCUGUCUCUACUGAAGUGGAAUCUAUUAAGACUGUUCUAACUGCCAUGAAUCAGACCCUGAAUUCCAAACAUACGACACUAUCAACCCUUUCCCAAGCAGUGGCAUCUCUUCAGAAAUCUGAUUAUGUACUUCAUGCAAGGUUACAAGAACUAAACACUCUCUGCAAUGAUCAUUCUACUCAAGGACAGCUCCUCCUAAUUGCAGACAAAGAACGAUAUCAGAAGAUGGUUCUCUUAGAAGCCAGCAACAAAGAUGUCUUGUCUGUCAUCCAGAAACAACAGGGGCUGAUUGAAGGCCUCACAUCUGUCACUCAAACCUUACCAGAAACCCUGGAACAGAUUGCCUCUACUCAGGCCACAGAAUUCCAGAAACUCUCCCUUCUGCUUGGUGAUCUAGAUGAUGCCAAAAAGGGGGAAGAAGAUCCUCAUCUGCCUAAACCCAGGACCACCAGAGCCUCAUCAUCUGCUGAACCAGCUGUGGAUCCCACUCCUUAUUUUGAAGCUGCCCUCCAGAAGAAACGGCUAGCUGGUAUCCCUAGAUCUCCACCUGCACAGAAGAAAGGCACUAAGAAGAAGAAAGCUCUAAGCUUUAAAGAAUGGAGACUGGGAGGAUCUCAGGUGAUGACCAAAACCCAAUUUGAGGAAAUGAAGCAGAAGAUGACCUCCACACAGCAACAGAACCUUUAUCUGGACCAUGAUGGUCAUGUAAAGGUUAGACAUGGUGGAUCUCUGGAGGAGGCAGAGUUCUGGUAUCACAACAGCAUUGUACCAGGAAAAGAUAUUCAUGAAGGUGUUCUGAACUACCUAGACUGCAAGCUCUCACCCGUUUGGGCCUCUUACCAGAGAUCUGGAAAUCUCGUUGGAAUCAGAGAAGAGGUGAAUGUAGAGUUAAAGAGGCUACAAGGAUUGGAUGAACAAGCAAGAGCUGAAGCUGCAAGGGCUAUUAUGUAAUCAGAUAUCCUUGUAAUCUACCUUAAUAAAAGAACAUCUCUACCUCACACUUUGUAAGGCAAUUCCUCCAUUUCCGUCUUUUCUUUUGUUUAUGUUUAAUUGCUCUUUGAUUUAUUUUCUGCUAUCUGAAUGUACUGUACUCUUACUAUUUUCCUAUGCCAAGUUGCCCACCAAGAUUUUAAUGAAAGUUUUAAAACUUUAAUUUUUUAUGGUGAAGGCACUUCUCUGGAAAUAGUUAAAGGGUUUUGGCAUCAUCAAAGGGGGAAAUUGUAAGGAAUAUUUGUAAUUAGAUUUUGAUGAUGUUAUAUUAAUUAGGACUUUAGAGUACCCCUCUUUAGACUUAAUGUAUUAGAAUUUUCCUUGUAAAGUUCUUUAGUAUAAUCGACUGACAGAGGGCCUCCAGAGCAGAAGGCCUCCAGAACAUAAGACCCCCUGACAGAGGACCCUUGAUAAGGCUUUGGUUGAACAGAAUACCUUUGGUUCUCUGCUUCAGAACAGAAGACCUCAGGGUCUCUGUUAGCCUUUACUCUGACAGAAACCCUCCUGGUUCUCUGUUGGAUAUUUCUUCAACAGAAGUGUUCAAGACCUUCCUGGAUCAACUCUCUGCUAAAGACACCAGAAGGCCUGACACUUAGAAGAAUUUCACCUAACCGGUAAACCAACUGAAAGAUUCCUUCAACGGCUAGGAGUCUUGAACGGAAAAGCUACAGCACGCGCAUUAAAUGCACAUUUAAUGCCUCCCGUACUCUGUAGAGUAAUUGCAGAUGAUUGGCCGCAAUUUCAGGAUAACUUUAUCCCAAAAUAGUAACCCGCCAACUUUGCCGGGUCCUACUGGUCAAGUCAACUGCUCGCUCAUUUAAUGCAGUUGUCCUCCUUCUCCUCCAACGGGAAGACAACCUCAGUAUAAAAGAUACACUACGAAGAACAACCGGACAACUUUGCAACCUCAGUGCGCAUACAAAAUAUUCAAACGCUAAUAACGCUAAAAAGCCUCCUUGAGAUUAAAUCUUCAUUAUCUUCAACAAGAGAAGGCAGAAGUUGGAAAGUUCCUUAUUUCCAACUCAAGCAAAGUUCUGGGCGUUCUUCAACUCUUCAAGCUCUUCAUAUACAAACUUUUUGUAACGAAGCAAGUUGGAGGAACCCCUGUUCUCAAUAGAGCCUCUUCUUUCACAAGAAGGACGUCCAAGUACUUGGAGCAGUGAAGUGGUGAUACUUCCGGGAAAGCUCAGUGAAAGGACCAGUCUUAGGGAAGCCAGAAGUGCAUCCAAGAAGACAUCUACACGUGAAGAAGACGUGGAGAGCUUCUUAAGUGAUAGGGCUAAGGCGUUGUAAACGGUCGUUUUUACAAGCUUAGUGGAACAGUGGACUAGAGGAACAAGUUGUUCCUUGAACCACUAUAAAAAGCCCUGGUGUCAUUUACUUACCGCAUUUUAUUUAUCGCUUUUAUUUGAACUGCUUAACUCCAAAGACUUGGUAUCUGUGUUCAGCAGAACUUGUCUUGUGAGUUAACAGAAGGCCUACAGCCUUUGCUUCUCUGAGGCUAAACUAAAAGAACUCCCAACCAGAACCCCAUCCGCUGCCAGUCUGUUCUGCCAACAGAACCGACAAUUCUGUUAAAUCUGGUACUUAGCUUGAAAAAGUUAAAAACCAAUACAGUCUAUUCACCCCCCUCUAGACUGUAUCCAGUACAACCGGGACCAACAGCUGGGGGGCAUCCCAUGCUUAUAGACCGGAAGGUCGUCCCCUGAAUUACAACCGUCAUCAGACGAAUUUCCAGGAUGGCCGUGGGCAGAUUGCCUAGGGACAAUGGAAGACAUAGCAAGAACGGAUGAAAAGUACAGGACUUACAAGGAAGAGAUGGAGAUCUAGAGAGAGAAAAUAAUCUGGCAGAGUAAAGACCAAGAGUAAUUCCCCCUUUGGGCGAUAGAGUAUUUAUAGGCAAAAACCACCGUCUGCGCCCGAAUGAGGGAAAAACACGUGGCGGACCGUGUUUGGUGUAUCCUACGGUUGGCGCAACGCUUCGAAAUCCACGCCAUCAGUGGCACGCGCCGGAAUCAUUCUCCCCACAACGAGAUGUACGACCGAGAGAGGGAAGAAGAUGAUAAAAGAGAGGAGAAUGAGAGGACGAAGGAAGAGUCGUUCCUCGUUAAAAAAAAAGAUAAAAGAAAGAAGAGAAAAGAGUUCAUGAGAGGAGGGAGAAGAGUCGUCCCUCGCCAGAGAAAGCGGGGAAUGGACAAAGGGAGUUAUGAACAAGUAAGCAGACCGCAAGUCAUAAAGGGAGAGAAAAAGUUUUUUUCUUCGGCUCUGCUGGCCGGAACAUACAAAUGAGCAGAUGGGAUUAAUCAAAUCACGCAAGGAAACCAUGGGGGAGCAUGGGGAGGUCUGCGGCUCAUCCAACUCGUUAAAGAGAGGCUCGGGAGUAGGGGGAUCAGGGAUUUUACCCCUCUGGGCGGCCUCGGCGCGCCGCUGAUCACGACCGAUCUUCCCCAUGGCCCGCCGACGCUCAGCUCCCUCCGUGUAAUCCUCCACAUUGAAGAAGGGACAGCCGGCCAGAGGAAGCACACUCCUGAGGGCCUUGAAACCUUCAUAAUAUCCCUUGGAAAAGGCAUCAUCAGCAAGCUCUGCAAGCCAUUCACCACCGAGCGCAGUCUUCUCCAAAAGCCGCACCCCAUGAGACAAGCGAUCCUUCUCCAGCACGGGCUGCAGCUCGGCCUCGAAAACUUCUCCAGCAGCUCCCCGACAAUACUUGACGUGCACUCGUCGUUAGGUGCACUCAAAAUAAAUAAUCAAUACAACACUAAUACGUAGUAUAGUGUAGUAAGGUUCGUAUCCACAGGGAAAGGAAUACUUUUCUUUUAAAUAAAUUGUAACAAAAGGGGGGUUUAGAUUUGUUUGCUUUAAAAACACUAAGAUAAACAGCCUGUAUGAGUUUUAUUCAAUGAGAUGAAGACUUGGUUUUGCUUUUAUCCACUUAAUGAAAUGUUCGUCGAUCCCGGUUAUAUCUUUAACUAUCUUCCUCUCGAAUACUCAAUCGAGGAGUAUAUCCAGUUCAUCGAGGGUAGUUAUUAAUAACGAGAUGUGUUCAUUAAUAAAACUUACUAUCGAGUCAAUAUAGAACAAGCGCCGUAUAUUAACUUGAUAGUAGCAAUAAACUUAAGAUGAAAACGAUUGAGAUUGAUAACCUCAACACAAGCGGUUUAUUGGUUUAAUCAAUAUAAUUAAUUCCCCUUGGCAUAUUAACCAUGAGAUGCAUGCAUUAAUAUUCCAAGUUUACUACCGUUGAAAGAACCGGAUUAAUAACAAGCGUAUUAACCGAUUGAUUCUAGUAAUAAUUAAUAUGAGAAACAAUACUAGUUGAUACUUUAAGUAAUGUUUAAGAUAUUAACAUGAAAUAUGAAUAGGAAUUAAUUAAUACUCAAGGAAGAAUAUUAAAAUAUAUGAAUCCUACUAUGAUUAAUAUCAAGAUGUUAACUAAUUGUCAUCUUAGUAACACUCCCUAAUAUUAUCAUAGAGGAAGAAAUAGCUAUUACUAUAACCAAUGUCAAGAUGUUAACUAAUUGUCAUCUUAGUAACACUCCCCAACUUUGAUAUAGAGAUAGUAUUUUGAAAGAAAGAAUUAAUAUUCAAGGAAGAAGAUUAAAGAAAAUAACUCACAACUUACAAAUUCAUUAAGCUUCAAAGUAGCAAAACCAAGAUGGAAGAGUUUAGCUCCUCAUUUGGAGACUAAACAUGAUGAAAAAUAUAAAGAAAGAGCUAUUCUAUACUGAGCUUAGAUGUACAAAGGGAUUGGAUAUCUUUUUGUGAAGGAAAGGAGGUGUAUUUAUAGGUUUUUGGGAUGGGAUUCGGGUACUCGAUCGGGUAUAUACAUGGUACCCGAUCGAGUACGUGUGUAACACUCGAUCCGAGGCAUACUCGACCGGUUUCAGGCUAUUUUCUAAGAGUAUACCCGAUCGAGUAUAUAUGAAUACCCGGCCGAGUAUGCUUAGAAAAUGGUAUUCGGACCAUACUCGACCGAUCUUCGUUUGAGAUUCAAAGGCAUACCCGAUCGGGUAUGUCGGUCUACCCGAUUGGGUAUAGACAUAAAAUCGUGGCCGAAAUCUUCCCUGCAUGGUCCCUUGUCUUCGGAUCUGAUCCGAUUUGAAGUUCCAACCUAAUACCCGAUCGAGUAUAGCUAAUACUCGACCGAGUAUAGACCAAAAUUCAGGAUCUUCUUUUGUCUUUGAACUUUUGCACCUUCUUUUCACUUUUUGGGUUCACCAACUGUACUUCGAGUGACCAAAACCUGCUUGAGCUCAGAAUAUAUCUAAUCUAACCUAUUUACAAGAAUCUAACAAUCUAAUCUAUUUACACCAAAAGUGUGUAAUUUCCAAAGUAAAAGUCAAGCAAAACUAAUUAAAAACAUAAACAUAAAUAUGGAAAUUACGAACGUAUCAACUCCCCCACACUUAAACCUUUACUCGUCUCGAGUAAGAUCAAAUGUUUACAAGUGUCAAUGUUUGUCCAAAAGUUCCACAGUUGAACAAAAACACAAUACAAACACAAAGACCACCAAGGAUGACAAAGAAAAAUGAGUUUUAAACUCAAAUUACAAAAGAGCAUCUUGGGUUUAAUGGCCUCCUAGUGUUAUCUUCUUUUCUCCUCCUCUCUUCUUCUUUAUCUUGAAUCUUCUUAUUCUUCAUAAGGAUACAAUGAGUGCCUGCAAGAACAAACAUUUCUCUCAUAUCUCUCAUUUUGCCUAGGAGCCUUUUCAGGUUUUCAUCCUAGCACCUCUUUUCACUUUCCAUUCUCUCCAACUCACUCAUUUUUUUAUAAGCCUUUUUUGCUUAGAUUGCCCAUUUUGUUGGGUUUUCAACCUAACUAGCAUUUAUUUUCUUUUGUUUAUUUUUUCUUUAUUUCUUUUUUGUGUAAAAGUUUAAAAGAAUUACAUGCAUAGUGCUAGGUAGAAAUGAAAAUUACAUACCAUCAUGAGUGUCUCCCCCGCACUUGAAUCAAGCACUGUCCCUAGUGCCCGCCUUCUCCUCCGUAGUAGCUCCCUCCAAAGCCGCUCCCUUGGCCACCAUCUCCCAUGUAGGUGUCCCCGCCAUCUCCGCCGUCGUACCCUCCACCCCCGGAGCCUGAUCCUCCAAAGUUACCCCAAUGAGUGGGGUCAUACCAUGAGGGUGGUGGAGGGGGGUUCGCCAUGGUAUGGAAGGAUCCCUGUUGUGCCAUAUAAGAGUACAUAGGUCCGUAGAACCUAUGUUGGUCUUCCUCAUACCGAUGUCUAUCGGCCUCCCGGAGCUCCUCCAAACGUUGAAAGCCGGCUCUUUGCUCAUCCUCCAAUCAUUGAAAACCGGCUCUUUGUUCCUCCUCUAAUCGGUUGAGCCGGUUGUCCAUUUGGGUUAUUCCCGUGAGCAGUUGUUGUUGACCCUCCAGAAGUUGUUGAAAGAAGUCGGGUGGUGGAGGGUUUUGGCUUUGUUCUGGGAAGUCCUGGCUCAUGGUUGGAUGGCUAUGGAGUUGCUCAUAGGGCUCGUAAUCGGGUUGGUUUUGGGGAGGUUCCUGUUCCGGUUCCUGGAGAUGUGGUGGGAGGGCGUUUGGGAAGAGGUAAUGUUGCUUUGCUCUUCCUGUUUUGAAGUGGAGUUGGGGGAGUUCUGGGUUGGGCAAGAGGAAGUAUUUGAGGGGUUUGGGGUGGAUGUGCCAGUUGUACAUAAUUCUGGGCCUUUCUUCACCAUAAACGGUGUGUGAAAAAGAUGUACAGCCCGAGUGGCCCAGCCAAGAUAUGUUCAUCAAACAGUAGUCGGGUAUAGGAGAGUCAUCCGUAUACCCGAACUUUGUGGCCAAGUGCAUAAUCACCCUGCCCACUACAAUAGCACCCUUUGCCACACUUUCUUUUUUUAGAUGCCCACAUGAGAUUACAUAGGUUGAAAUCCACGUGGACACGGAAUAGGGCUACCGAGAUGAGGCACACAUCCCCCAUCCUAGUAUGAUGGUUGUUGGGGCGUCCAAGCAAGGAGUUGGCGAGGAAUUUCAAAAAUAGGCGGAGGACGGGAUGUUGGAAAUGACUAAUAUAGAGUUGGGAGGAGCUAAAUUUAGUCUCCCCGGUCAUCUUUGUCCAUAGGGUGUGGCCGAAGGCGGUAUUGUCGGAUAUAGAUUUUUGGUACGGGACCGGAAUACCAAAGUGUUCGGCGAACUCAAGUUUUGUGAUUGUGUGAUUGUGAUUAAACAAUCGAAACCUGAGUUUAUCAUCCUUAAAGUCAUAUUCCAAGUUUACUACCGUUGAAAGAACCGGAUUAAUAACAAGCGUAUUAACCGAUUGAUUCUAGUAAUAAUUAAUAUGAGAAACAAUACUAGUUGAUACUUUAAGUAAUGUUUAAGAUAUUAACAUGAAAUAUGAAUAGGAAUUAAUUAAUACUCAAGGAAGAAUAUUAAAAUAUAUGAAUCCUACUAUGAUUAAUAUCAAGAUGUUAACUAAUUGUCAUCUUAGUAACACUCCCUAAUAUUAUCAUAGAGGAAGAAAUAGCUAUUACUAUAACCAAUGUCAAGAUGUUAACUAAUUGUCAUCUUAGUAACACUCCCCAACUUUGAUAUAGAGAUAGUAUUUUGAAAGAAAGAAUUAAUAUUCAAGGAAGAAGAUUAAAGAAAAUAACUCACAACUUACAAAUUCAUUAAGCUUCAAAGUAGCAAAACCAAGAUGGAAGAGUUUAGCUCCUCAUUUGGAGACUAAACAUGAUGAAAAAUAUAAAGAAAGAGCUAUUCUAUACUGAGCUUAGAUGUACAAAGGGAUUGGAUAUCUUUUUGUGAAGGAAAGGAGGUGUAUUUAUGGGUUUUUGGGAUGGGAUUCGGGUACUCGAUCGGGUAUAUACAUGGUACCCGAUCGAGUACGUGUGUAACACUCGAUCCGAGGCAUACUCGACCGGUUUCAGGCUAUUUUCUAAGAGUAUACCCGAUCGAGUAUAUAUGAAUACCCGGUCGAGUAUGCUUAGAAAAUGGUAUUCGGACCAUACUCGACCGAUCUUCGUUUGAGAUUCAAAGGCAUACCCGAUCGGGUAUGUCGGUCUACCCGAUCGGGUAUAGACAUAAAAUCGUGGCCGAAAUCUUCCCUGCAUGGUCCCUUGUCUUCGGAUCUGAUCCGAUUUGAAGUUGCAACCUAAUACCCGAUCGAGUAUAGCUAAUACUCGACCGAGUAUAGACCAAAAUUCAGGAUCUUCUUUUGUCUUUGAACUUUUGCACCUUCUUUUCACUUUUUGGGUUCACCAACUGUACUUCGAGUGACCAAAACCUGCUUGAGCUCAGAAUAUAUCUAAUCUAACCUAUUUACAAGAAUCUAACAAUCUAAUCUAUUUACACCAAAAGUGUGUAAUUUCCAAACUAAAAGUCAAGCAAAACUAAUUAAAAACAUAAACAUAAAUAUGGAAAUUACGAACGUAUCAACUCCCCCACACUUAAACCUUUACUCGUCUCGAGUAAGAUCAAAUGUUUACAAGUGUCAAUGUUUGUCCAAAAGUUCCACAAUUCAACAAAAACACAAUACAAACACAAAGACCACCAAGGAUGACAAAGAAAAAUGAGUUUUAAACUCAAAUUACAAGAUUAGCCCAGCCUACAAGGAAUAAAAGUGGGUUAGGAGGGGACGAAUGGCAGAUCAAGGGACGGGGGGAAAAUGUGAGGAACGUACCUCAAGGUUCAAAAGCAGAGCAUGAUCAACGGAAUCGCCAGAAGAACGAUCCGACAACUCCAGCCCGGCCUGAAGGGCCAUGUCCUUCCAUAUUUCAGAAACCGGAUGGACGGCGGAGGGCACCACGACGUUCGUGGGCUUGGGAGCGGAGGGCUCAAGACGCGGCCUCUUCAGCUUUUUUCUCUUGUCUUUUUCCUCGCCAGCGGGGAUUCCAACGCCGAGCGGGUCCACAUUCAGGACCCGGUUAUCUUGAGGGUACUGGGCCUCAGAAUUCUGCCCAGUCACCUUAGCAACCAGAAGCCGCUCCGCUUCAGCAACACGCUGACUCGCCUGGGACACGGCAGACGAAGUGGCCCCAGAAGACUGGGCGGUCCCACGAGCUUUCGUCAGCGCCGCUCGUUCCUUGUUGGCCUUGGCCUCGCAAUGAGCCACCAUAGUAGCACUAUCCAUUUGUUCUUGAGUAGGAGGAGGACCUGAAACAAAGAAAUAACGUUAGUACCGGGCGGUGCGAAUCACAAAGGCACUCACCUCAGGGAAUGGACCGCCCGGGCCCACAAGAUGAACAUGAGAGAAUGCCAGUCCAGGGAUCGCGGGUGGUACCUAUCCCUGCAUCAGAGAGUGCCUGGAUGGUCAAGAGAUCCUUCAGCUUUCUAACGCCGCCCAGCUUUAGCUUAUCCACGACAUCUUGCAACUCCUGGGUUAGCUCCGGCGUCUUAAUCUUCGGAGGAUACCCGUUCCAUCUCGCAGUAAGCCACUCGUCCGCAUAGCGAAUGAAGAAAAAAUUAUUUUUCCAAUCAUGAAUGGAAGUGGGAGCCCCCUCGAAAAGCUUCUCUUUGGGACGAGCGGCCACGCACAGAAACCCGUCGGCGUUUUGAGGGGUGACUUGGAAGAACUAAUGGAAGAGCUCCAGUACGUUCGGCCCUUCGACUUGUAAUCACUGGAGUGAAUAAAAUACAGUUAUUGACCCACUCCCCGUUGUCUAGUGAUCUUAUUUGCCCUUCACCCAUUCGAAACCCCCAGGUUACGUGUUGGGCCUGCGGGUUGAGGGGAAUAAACCUCAACAAUGAGAAUAUAAAAAGCUAGUAGGAAGGACCUAGCGAUGAUGUUAGAUUUUCUUUUGAAUGAUAUCAGUGUAGAUUCCUUGAUCAGUUGAUUAUUACUGCAAUUAAAAUCUUAAGAGCAUAAUAAUAAAGCGGCUAUUUAAAAAAAGGACUCUUAAUAGAAUUUUAUUGCGGAUUUUUUUUUUGUCGAGUCUAAGUUAGUCUUAGGUACGUUCCCGUACAAUUUAUUACCAGAUGAUUUAACAUGUAAUCAUUUGUCAAUUUUUGUCGAGUUAUGUGUUACUUACUGUUUGACUUCCCUAUUGUUUGGAAGGCUAAUAAACUUUACCGCUAUGAAUGAACAAUACUUCCUAAGUUAUAUAGUUAGAAGAUUGAGGUUAGAAGGAACAAUAAUGUGGAAUAUCAAUGAAGAAAUAACUAUUGAUAAUGAACGGUCUAAAGGAAGUUUACGAUUAAACUAUUAAUUUUUUUUUGUCUCGUUUAGACUACAUGUUUGAAGACAUCACAUAUUGAUUAGUGAAGGGAUGAAGGGUUUAAUUGAGAGAGGAAGAAAAAAAAAUAGUACUUUCCUUAAGCUUUCUAUAGGUUAAUGAGGUAGCUAAGAGAUUAGAAUAUGUUGUCAUUAAUGAAAACAAAAGAAUUUAUGUUGUCAAGAAAUUUUUGUGUGUGAGACAUUUAUGUGUUUGACAACGUCAAUUUUUGUUAAAUAGAAAAAAAAAAUUAUUAUGUUGUUCAUUUAAGAAAUAUGAAUAUUUGAAACUAAGCAAAAUAGUGUUAAAAUUUAAUGUGAAUCCACAUACUGAUUUUCUAAAGGGAGUCCAAGGAGAUUUAGUUCAAAGCUUAUAACAUAACUUAUCAACAAAAGAGUUACCAACAAGAAAGUUUCCGCUAAAUAUCAAGGCAAUUAGCCUCAAUUAGUAAAUUGUGUUCAAGACUAAAUAAGACAGCUGCUCACCUCAUUAGAACACGUUCUCUUCAAACCUGAAAUUCUAAAGUAUAAUGGAGAAUCUAUUUUAAAAUUUCAAUCAACUUUUCUGACUACUUAGGGACACUAAUAUAUGAAGUUAUAGUUUUUAGUUCCAAAGGUACAUAACCAUAAGAAAGUUUUUCUUUAAUGAAAAGAUGUUUUUGAGAUGCUUAAGUGGGUAAAAAAAAGUUUAGUAGUUUCAUCUACUCUAGACGUUAAAAAAAAGAAUUCCUUUUGAUAGAAUAUUUAAGUCAAACUAUAGUGGAUUUUUUGAGAUGAAGAAUGUCUCAUAAGCUAGAUUAAGGUUUUUCCCGGUGCUGAGCAGUCUUGAUAGUAGAGAGUACAAAAGUUGUCUCACAGAUACAACAAUGCUUAUAACACCGUCCAAUUUUUUAACAUCAUUAAAAUAGUGUAAUUUUAGCAGUUUUUAGGGUUAGAUAGAGAAUCCCUGUCAUGGUCAUUAAGAACAGAUUGUGAGAUAGUAGUUGAUGGAUAGUCUACCCGGGGGUAUAUAUCCGAAGGGUUAUUACGGGGAAUAACUUAGAGAGAAGUCAGAGCAAGUAAGUAAAAGUAGAGAGAGAGUGUAUUCAGUAUGAGUGCCGUUUUCAGCGUGGUUACAAAUGAGGAAAUGGGGUGCUAUUUAUAGUAGCAAUAAAUGCCGGGCAGGGACACGUGUCAAGCGCUUAUUGGCCGAGGGGUCACCUCAACUGGUUGGCGCUGGCAGCCGCAUGUGGCCGCAUUUAAUGCGGCUGUUGGAUGGGACGUCUGUGCGGGGUACGGUGAUCUGUACGCAUGUGAGGCGGAUAUCUUGUCGAGUGAGAUGCCUUCGGCUAUAGAGCAGUAGCCGAGGGCUCUUCCACCCGAUGGCACCCUGGUGCCGAGGGCUCACAGUGCCGAGGGCUACUGUUUUCGCCGUUUUCUCCCAGUUUCUUAAUUUGCUUGAGAAACCCAUUCUGUGAGAAUUCGGAGCCUUCGGCCAGAUGGCCGAAGGCACCCCGGGCGCGUUGUGCGGGCUGCUUGGUACUCUGGGCGCUGUGAUUUGGUCCUGUUGGGCCUUCACUGGAGUAGUAGGAGUCUGUGGACCGGGGGUUCCCGGGCCAUAUACUCCAUCAGGAGUCCCUCACUCCUUUUGCCGAAAGGUACUUGAGGGAAAAGGAGUAAUUUGUGCUUGCCCUUUGAUGUUGUCCCGUCGUGAUCUCUGAAGUUGGUGAGGAGUUGUUGCUUUUAUGUCCCUGCCGAAGGCAGUCCCUCAGUUACCCACAUGUCGGGACUUGAGGGCUUGCUUUGUUGUUUGUUGGAAUUUCACAGAUUUUGUAAUUUAAUGAUUUUCCCGAGGGGGUCCUCCAGUCCCCCACUCCUUGAGGCACUUGUAAAGUGAUGAAAAGAAGUAAAGUAGUUAUGUUGUUGUUGUGGGCCGAAGGCUGACGCUUUUCGUUUCAUUUUGGGAGGAUGCCUCGUUAAAAACCUCAUUAGGAAAAACCCUUUGGGAAAAAAUCCUAAUGAGGGAAAAAGAGUGCACCGAAUUCCCCCAAUGAUGAAUCGAAAAUGUCAAACCUUGGUAAAAAAUGGAGAAUGACGGGAAUGACGAAGGCUCUCUCUUCUGAGGGCUCCUGUGUUGAUUAGCCGAAGGCUUGCUGUUGAUGUCCUGGUUGGCGCCGAAGGGGAGCCCCUCAAUCGAGGGAUCGAGGGCCUGCCAGAUGAGGGCAGCAGUGAAGUUGUUACCGGGGGGGUCCACUGUUUGCUGAUUAGUCGGUGAUGAAGAUACCCGAGGGCUCCCAUUACCUGGGUGCCAUGGGUCAUCCGUCAAUGAGGCAACUCCCCGGGGGCUACCCGGUUUUGCACUGCUGAGGGGGAAUCCCCGAGGGGUGCCCUGAUAUGAAGUCCUGGGUUUCUAAAGGAGUGAUCCCGAAGGCGUCUGUUAUGUGCUGUUUGGGGCACAACCUGGGCACACUUCUGAGUGAGUGUACCCGGGGGCUACCCUUGAUGAAGUGGAGUGAAGUGGAAAAACCCGGGGGCUUCCAGAAUAUAGCCGUUGGAAAUAUAGCCGUUGGAAUAUGUAACGACGGGAUAUAGCCGUUGGGGGGGGGGGGGGGUGGCACACGUGGCGUGUGAUGGCUGGCUGUUCGCGGGCGGCGUCACCGGUUGGGUGAAACGACGGUGUGUAAUGAUGACGGUCCGUCCGGAGGCCCGGUUUCCGGGCCCAAGCCCGGAUUCCAGCGCCUAUAAAUACCCCAAGGCCAGAGCCAUUCCCGCUGUGCGAACUCAGUUGUCUUAGCGAAGCUCUGCCAAAAAAUCUAGUAAGAGAAACUCAAGCCUUCGGUUCUAACUCAGCUUUCGAGGUCAGUGCUCCCUGCCUUUCUCCUUCUAGUAUAGCUGUACAUUGCGCCCUCGGGUUAGGAGAUAGAAUUCACUAGAAACCUUAGUUCCCCCGAACCCUCGAGCUAGAGUUAGAAUGUCGUCCCAGAGUGACUCUCAGGACAUCUUGAGGACGCCCUCGAUGGAGGACGAAGGCAUCUCCGACGUGGAGUCCAGUAGCGGUCAGCCCUCGGAUGGUGCUGAUGCUGUCCUGGCCCGGGAGGUCCAGAAGGAACUGAUGGCGGAGGCCGAGGCGGAGGAAUUCGAGCGAACUGCCGAGGAUGAAGAAUUGGCCCUCGCCGUCCAAGUUGCUGAAGAGGAGGAGGAAAAGGAGAGGGCGAAUGUCACCGUGGCAGUCCUUCCCCCUCGGGGUGCUGGUGAGGCCAGUACUUCCCAGCCGCUGAAUGCAGUUCCCAUCCGGGUGGCCCCCGGGAAGAAGAAGGCCAAGGCAGCUGCCCCCAAGAAGAAGGUCAUUGCUGCUGACCAGGGGAAACCCGUAGAUAUGCCGGAGGGGUAUUCCUGGCUCAACACGGCUGCCUUAGAGAUAAAGUCGAAGGCGGACAGGGCGGACCUCUACGUGACGCAGCUACAUGUAGGGCCCUCGGUCGUGGUGGUCGAGCCGGGAAUUGACGACGUGCUCUCUCGGGCGCCUGAGGGGUGCAUUGCAGUACACGUACUGUCGGUCUCCAUGGGCCUUCGGUUCCCUCUGCACCCCUUCCUCCGGGAGUACCUGAGGUUCGUUGGCUUGGUACCCUGCCAGCUGACACCUAAUAGCCACUCCUACGUGGCGGGUUUUUUAAACCUCUGUAGGGACCGAGGGGUGACCCCCAGCCUGGACUUGUUCUUCCAGAGCUUCAACCUCUGUCGAGGGGGUCACGCGAACGCCGAGGGCUUCGCCAACCUGCAGCAGGUGGCCAGGUGGAAGCUGUUCACGGAGGCGCCUUCGUCCAACAAGGGCUGGAAGGAGCGCUGGUGCUAUGUCAGGGUUGCUGAGAACCCAUUUCCGGCGGAACUUCGGGAUCGCUUCCGUCGGCAUCCGAAGGUUGGAAGCGCUGCCCUCGAAAAAGACGGCUUGGUGAUAGCCAAAAUCCCGGAGGGUCGCACAAAGCAGGUCUCCAUCAAAGACUAUACUGCCGACAAGGGAUUCUACGCCCUCGGCUUUCGGAGAUACCGAUUUAUUGGGGAAGCGGACGAGAAGUACCCCAUUUUUGCUGAGGCCUUCGGGGGAACAGGAGGUAGUCUACGAGGUCCCUCGGUUUUCAUACCUUAGCACAUAGCUUAUCUUGUUCGUGUUUUUUUUUUCUUUUUAUUCUUUGUGCCUUCGGUCAGUAACCCCUCGAUUUUGACCCCAUACCCUUUUUUUUGCAGGUGUCCCAGUGAAAAUGAUGAACGUCAGAGGCCUUGCAGACCUGAAGAAGAAAAAACCCUCCAAGGGCCCGAGGGGGACGGACGCCGGUGUCCCAAAACCCGCCGGUGACUUCUUCAAAAAACCGGAGGGGCCGUCGGCGGGCACAAGUGCUGAUGCUGCCGCUGCCGCCAAAAGGAAGGGCUCGGGCAGAGAUCCCGAGGGAAAGAAGCCCAAGACCGGGGAUGCCGGGAAGAAAGUCCCCCCGGUGAUCAUUGUUGAUGAAGGCCCUGCCUCCGGGGCGGAUGACGACAUGCAGGUGGCGAAAGUGCCGCCGGGAGUUCAGGGGCCAUCUUCCGAGGUCCUCAUGGUUUCCCUCCCGGCUGGUACGGCCGUGAUGAACGGUACGGCCGACCCGAGGGUGCUUCUGAGAGGCAUCACCCUCGAGAUUGACAGAGUAGCCCUCGGGGCUGAUGAAGACGAAGCCCUCGAGGACAGGAUCCUCCGGUCUUCCCUCACAACCUGCAUUGCCCUCGGGGAGCAAGCCCGGCGGCUAGAUGAGUGGCGCCUUCGCAAGGCCGAGCAGGAGGCCAAGAUGCGGGAGCUCAUCCGCCAGAAUGCAGACGCUGUUCGACAGAUGGCUAUGCUGGAGGAGAGCCUUCGGCAGAUGACCCUGCGGGCGGAGGCCGCAGAUCGGGGUAGGGCAGAAGCCGAGAGGUCCGCAGCUGAGGCCUUGGAGAGAGCUGUCAAGGAAGCCGAGGCCGCGAAGGUGGAAGCCGUCGAGAGAGCCCGAGGGGACGCAAUCUCGGGGUUCUUGGCAGGGGGUGGCGGUCCGAGGAGCACAAGCAAUGGCUGUCCUCGGUCGUCGAGUCCUCGGUUGACGAGUGGUGUGAUGGGCCUGGCGUGGAGUGGGUUUCCCGAAAGGGUAAACAAUACUAUGAUGGGGGCGAUUUUUUCACUCAAGCCCUCAUCUACCGGAGGAUGGCUCGCCACUUAAAGAUCGAGCCAAAGGACUUUGACCCGGCAGCAUACGGGCUCCCCCCUGCAGCCAGACAUCCGCGUUCCUCUUCCCCCCGACGUCGAGAGGCCAGACCUGGAGGACUCUGAGCUCAUGAAGGAAGCCGAGGGCGACGAACCUGAGGCCGACGCAGAAGUCACCUCGAAGCCAUCGGGGGAGGCGGCCCCCGGGAACGACAUGAUUUGAUAUGUAUUUUGUAUUAUGUAAACAUGUACUUGUAAUGGUGACAUUAUUCAUCCUUCGGCUUCGGCCUGCUUGUAACAUUUAUUCGUAUUACAUUUGCCCUCUGUUUGUUGAUGAUUGAAUGAUUGCCUUCAGGCUGUGUUUAUAUGAUUUGUUUUCUCCAAUUCCUUUCUUCUUGAAUGCAUGC